AAUCGAUCCAGGACCAAAGCACGAGCAGGGUCUCGCAUUUCCGGAAUUAACAUUAUCAGCGAGCGGAAUUGUGGACCAUGUACCAUGGCUAGAGAGAGAGUGUGUGUGAAACUCAAUAUUAGCUCAUUAAAGUAGGAUAAUAUACUUGCAACCAGGACAGCCCCAUUUCUCCAUGGCUCUAGAGAGAGAGAAGGGGAGGGGGUAGUAUAAAUUUUAGGCAAUUGUGGCUUUUCCAUUCGGUGGUGGCCUGGCCUCACAAGUCACAGCCAUACAGAGAUCACACACACACACAAGCGAGGAGAGAAGAGAAGCAGCUUGUAGCUAGUAGCUUAGGGUAGUGCUUAGCUGCUCAUUCCUGCAAGAUUCUUGGCUAGCUAGCGUCUCCACACCAGCUAGAGUUCAGGUUCCCUUGCAAGCAGUAGCCACUGCACCGUGCAAGCAACCAGCCAGCCGCGGGGACCGAUCGUGCUGCAUAAGCUCGAACAACUCGUCUGAUCGCCGGCUGGCGGAGCCCCUGCGCCGGAGACGCCCGGCCGGUGAUGGAGGAGCAUCUGAGCCCGGUGGCCGUGACGCACCUGCUGCAGCACACGCUGCGGAGCCUCUGCGCCGGCGACGCCGCGGCCCCGCAGUGGGUUUACGCCGUCUUCUGGCGCAUCCUCCCCCGGAACUACCCGCCCCCCAAAUGGGAUCUCCCUGGCGCGGCGUACGACAGGGCCCGAGGAAACAGGAGGAACUGGAUCCUGGCAUGGGAGGACGGGUUCUGCAACUUCGCAGCCACCACCUCUGCAGCGUGCGGCCAAGAGGGGACAGCGGCAGCUGCGGCUGCAUAUGCUGGGGACUGUGAGGCAGCGGCUGUGCAGGAGGUGGUCAAGGAGCAGCAGCAGCAGCCGGGCCUGCAGCCUGAGCUGUUCUUCAAGAUGUCCCAUGACAUCUACAACUACGGCGAAGGGCUGAUAGGGAAAGUGGCAGCUGACCACAGCCACAAGUGGGUGUUCAAGGAGCCCCAGGAGCACGAGAUCAACAUCAUCUCCUCCUGGAGCAACCCUGCCGACUCUCAUCCGAGGACGUGGGAGGCGCAGUUCCAGUCCGGGAUCCAGACCAUCGCCCUGAUCGCUGUCAGGGAGGGCGUCGUGCAGCUCGGCUCCAUUAAAAAGGUGGCGGAGGACCUGAGUUACGUCGUGAUGCUGCGCCGCAAGUUUGGCUACCUGGAGAGCAUCCCGGGGGUGCUGCUGCCGCACCCGUCGUCGUCCGGCGCGUUCCCGAACGUCCCGCCGCCGGACAUCGCGGCGUGGCCAGGCCUGAUGCCGCCGCCUGCGGCGCCGCCGCUGGAGCUGUACGAUCCCUACGGCGCGGUGGCCGGCUAUCCGGCGGCCGCCGCCGCCGCCGCGGUAUCAAUACACACAAUGCCGUCGAUGAGCAGCCUCGAGGCGCUGCUCUCGAAGCUGCCCUCGGUCGUGCCGGCCCCGCCGCCACCACCGUCCGCUGCCGCACCCGGCGUGGCCACAGCGGCGGCGGUGGCCAAGGAGGAGGUGGACGACUACGUGCAGUGCCACGGCAUGGACAACAUGGGGAGCAACGGCGCCGCCGGAGAGAGCACGAGCACGAGCACCGCCACCGCCACCGCUCCGAUGUCGUCCUACUUCGUCAAUGUGGGCGGUAAGCCCAGCGAGCGGUUUUAGCUCGAUCGAGGCCUUGUCUCUCUCAAAGCGUGUGGUUGUGUCUGUGGGUGGUUGUGCUGGGCUUCUCUAGUGCUAAAACAAUCGAUCAGUCAAUCAUAUAUCAUUAAUCAUUA